AUGUCGUGUCCUGUGCCCACAGGUACAGGCAGCGACACAACGACUACAUCAGAUUCCUCGGACUCGGUGCCUGCGUCAUUCCUAGCGCCGACACUCGUAGACACCAUUGAAGAAACGGUCAGAAGCGCUCCAAUCAGAUACUUGCUCGCCAUCGUCAACACGUCAGUGCCGCCUCUAGUCUCGUCAACACCGUCGGCCAGGACCCUCGACUACUCACAAUCCACACUCUGGUUUCCUGCUGCCAGCCUCCAGCACGGACAUCCCCUAUCAGUAACUAGAAUGGCUGGUCUCGAGUAUUUAGGAAGGCGGGGAGAGAGGGGAUCCCUCAAGCACUGGCCUCUAGUCGUGCUCCUCCCCGUUCUCGUCGCUCCUUUUGCAAUCUUUGGUGGCUUUCAUAAAAAGAAUACCGACUUUGCGCAAUGCAAACAGCGGUUUAUCGAUUCAGAAGUCUUGCAUGCGCGGUACAACUGGACAGGUCCUAUCGAACACUUGCCCCCUGGCGUCCUUAGAGGGUUUCACAUCACCCUUCAAGGGUGUAAAGAUGAAUGUGGGCAGUGGCCCGACUUUUAUGAUUUUAGUGUCCUACCCCUCUUCGGACUCAUCCUCCAAGCCCCCUUUUUCUCCCACGAAUUCAUCGACACUGUACGCACGCUCUACCGAUGGUUAGGCAACCCCAUGUCCUCCAUCUCGGCCACAAUCUGGAACAUUCACGUCACCCGUAAAUGCGCGAUCGUCGUCGACAUGAUGAUACCCCUCAACUUUAAAAAGCCAGGUCAGCUCGUCGACAUGGACGGGUUUUGGGCGAUGCGUGAUUCCAUCUUCCUCCUCUCCGUCAUCAACCAGUACAAUAUCAACAAGAACCGUUUGUUCCAUCAUGAAGGUGCGACAGAGCUGUUGAUGCGCAAGGCACUGUUUUUGCCCGCGUUGAAGAACGUGAGGGCCGGGAUGGCGGAUCGGAUCAGGAGAGAUGGGAGACAGAGCGUCGUCCCGCUCUUCAUCUCUCUUCUCUGGUUCGCCAUCUCCAUCGCCCUCUCUAUAUUCCAAGCUUUUGGCGACUUGGGAGCGAACGCUACUGCGCACAAUUUGGCCAUGGGACUGUUGAUGGCGUGGUUACCCGUAUUCGCCACUGCGAGUAUUGUCGAUCGCAAUCCGAGCGAUGCGGAUUACGUACGUGACCAGCUCAACGACUUGUUCAAGGCGGUCGAGAGGGCGCAGACGGGAGAGGUUACUCGUGCCAUUGUCGCGUUAAAAGAGUCGAGCAUUUCUGCGUCGACUUUUCAACGAGAGUGGGUGAGGAGGGUGGUCAAGCUUGCGGAGAAACCUCAGGUGGAAGAAGUGAGGGAAAAGUUGGAUGAAGAGUUGCACGCUUCGGCUUCGCCGUUUGCCUCUCGAGACGAGGUCGUACCUGAAGCGUGGACCGAGCCGCUCGUUUUGUGGGCAAGGGAGGUACCCUUGGCAUUUGGGCGUCACCCAUCCUAUCCUCCGACACAUCACCCAACGGUGCCUUCCCAAAGGACGAGGGUGGAUGACAAAUUACGAGUUGAUUUCGGCGAGGUUUGUGGGUGA